UGCGCACCUCGAAGCUUUCCUCUCCUCCUGCCUCUCCUGUGACUGUCCGUCAGUGACCUCAGUUUCUGCAGCAGCACACAAACUUACACACAAGAAACAAGCUCGCGCACUUACACUGGGAACGCCGCACGAGGAGGAGAGAUGGCCGGUAUUUUCGGGAAGAUCUUCGUGGGAAUUUACGUGGAGAUAAAACGGAGCGACGGACGGAUACACCAGGCCAUGGUCACAUCCCUGCACGAGGACAACGAGAGUGUGACAGUGGAGUGGAUCGAGAAUGGGGACACAAAAGGGAAAGAGAUUGAUCUGGAGAGCGUUUUUGCUCUGAAUCCAGACAUUGUUCCUGAUGAAGAGAUUCCACAAAGUCCCGAGGCUCCUCUUCCUCCCUCCAAUGUCACCAAAACCAGCAAACUCCCAAAGACCAAACGGAUUACAGCUAUACCCAAACCUGAGAAUGCUCCUCGGGAGAAUAGAGCUGCAGCAGUGGGAACCACCCGGGCUCGUCCCAGUCAGCACAGCCAACCUGCAGAGCCCCCCCCUCCUGCAAUCCCUGCCCAGUCCGCGGCACUCAACCAGACCCAGACCCUGGCCCAGCAACAGAACGCACGGCGGAAAUCAAACUGUGUGAAGGAAGUGGAGAAACUGCAGGAGAAACGUGAGAAGAGGCGACUUCAGCAACAAGAACUUAGAGAGAAGAGGGCACAAGAGGUGGAUGUUCAGCUACCAAACUAUGAAAUCAUGUGUAUGAUCAGAGACUUCAGAGCCAGUCUGGACUAUCGGCCUCUAACCAGUAACGAUCUGAUUGAGGAGCACAGGAUAUGUGUGUGUGUGCGUGCACGCCCCCUUAAUAAAAAAGAGUUGUCAGUGAAGGAUUUGGAUGUGAUCACCAUCCCCAGUAAGGACGUCGUGAUGGUUCAUGAGCCCAAACAAAAAGUCGACUUGACGCGCUACCUGGAGAACCAAACUUUCCGCUUCGACUACGCCUUCGAUGAGAACUCGACCAAUGAAAUGGUUUACAGGUUCACUGCUCAGCCGCUGGUUGAGACCAUUUUUGAGCGGGGAAUGGCGACCUGCUUUGCAUACGGACAAACUGGAAGUGGGAAAACACAUACAAUGGGAGGGGACUUUUCUGGAAAGAACCAGGACUGCUCUAAAGGGAUCUAUGCACUGUCUGCCAGAGAUGUUUUUCUCAUGAUAAAGAAGCCAAUUUACAAGAAGCUGGAUCUCCAAAUCUAUGCCACAUUUUUUGAGAUUUACAGUGGAAAGGUGUUCGACCUUCUUAACCGUAAAACCAAGUUACGGGUGCUGGAGGACGGGAAGCAGCAGGUUCAGGUGGUCGGGCUGCAGGAGAGGGAGGUGAAAUGCACAGAGGAUGUCCUUAAACUCAUUGAAGUGGGCAACAGCUGCAGGACUUCUGGUCAAACCUCAGCGAACGCUCACUCCUCUCGGAGCCACGCCGUCUUCCAGAUCAUCCUGCGUCGACGGGGGAAGAUGCACGGAAAGUUCUCCCUCAUCGACCUUGCGGGGAACGAGAGAGGAGCGGACACAUCUAGCGCUGACCGUCAGACUCGCCUAGAAGGAGCUGAGAUCAACAAAAGCCUGCUGGCACUAAAGGAGUGUAUUCGGGCCCUUGGGAGAAACAAACCUCACACCCCGUUUAGAGCCAGCAAGUUAACCCAGGUGCUGAGGGACUCGUUCAUCGGAGAAAACUCCAGAACUUGCAUGAUUGCAACAAUCUCUCCUGGAAUGGCUUCAUGUGAAAACACCCUGAACACGCUGAGAUAUGCCAACAGAGUAAAGGAGUUUGGGAUCAGUCCCUCAGACAUUCCCUUCUCUCAGAGCGGGGGUGGAGGGGGCCGCUCUGAGCUCUCUCCCACUUUUGAGGUGAAGGAGCUGACGGUGGACCCUACAGCAGCAAUGGACAUCCGUCAGGGAGGACACAUCGACCAGCUGGAGGUGCUGGAGGCUCAGUGGGGUGUCGGAAGUUCUCCUCAGAGGGACGACCUGAAGCUGCUCUGUGAACAAAACGAGGAGGAGGUUUCCCCACAGCUCUUCACUUUCCAUGAGGCAGUCUCUCAGCUGGUGGAGAUGGAGGAGCAGGUUCUGGAGGACCACAGGGCGGUGUUUCAGGAGUCAAUCCGCUGGCUUGAAGACGAGAAGGUUCUCCUGGAAAUGACGGAGGAGGUGGACUAUGAUGUCGAGUCAUUUGCAACUCAAUUAGAACAAAUCCUGGACCAGAAGAUCGACAUUCUCACUGAGCUAAGAGAUAAAGUCAAGUCUUUCCGCUCUGCACUGCAGGAAGAGGAGCAAGCUAGCCAACAGAUAACCCCGAAGAGGCCUCGAGCACUAUAGACACACACACAUGAAUAUCUGUUGUCUCACUGUAAUAUUGACUGGAGAAAGGUCACUGAUGACGAAAGAGCUGAAAGAAAGAGCUCGCCUGUGAUUUUAUGACUUACUGUCUUCUCUGUUCGUUUGGUCUCUCUCCCACCUUCUUUUUGCUGUACAGGCUGACAUCGCUUCCCAUCAUGCAUCCGUCCACUCGUUAAACCAAAGAGCAGACCGUCGUUGCUCUUCAUCCUCCUGUGAAGUCUAUUUUCAAGGUUUUGUAUGUGUGAUGAGUCACAAGUGCUUAAUUUUAAACAAAAAAAAAGUUGCUAUUUAUUUGUUUGAAAUACAUUUUUAUAGAGUCAAAUCAGCUUAUCCUCACUUUGGCCAAUUUUAUAAACAACUUUUGCCAUUUUGUGCAAUAUUUGAAACGAUUUUCCUCCUGUUCUUCCCUUUGUUCCAGCGAAGGGGGAACAAACAUAUCAAGUUUGUGUGUAAAAUAAGCCACUGUGUGUUUUUGUUGAUACUGUAUGUAAUAUAUAUUGUAUGUUUGAUCAAGAGGAGGGUCUAAAAGACAAAACUAAUCAUGCAUUACAUGAAGUGACCUGCUGUGGGCACAAUAAUCAAAGGUAGACAACUGAAUUCAACUGUUGCAGAUCCAUUCAUUUGCCAAAAAUAAAGCAAAGAUACUUCUUGUU